AAUUUCUAAUGGCGAACUCGUCUGUGUGUGGGUUUCACAGAGAAAUAACGUAGUCCCGUGGUGGAGCUCGCCAGCAUUGAGCGAGCAGCAAUGGCGGACACAUAUGCAAUGCCUCGACUUCCCUUGGACAAAGGGGAAUUUUUCCCCGCCCCAAUGGCCGUCAUGCCACCACGUCCCGGCACACCUGGUUCUGUGCAUUUGACCUCUUCGGUGACCUUGACCUCUCGCCUGCCUCAUGACCUCAGUCGACUUUCUGCCACCUCGCUCAUCACCCUCCAGCUAGCUGAGAGAGUGCCGCUACGCACCUUCUACGACGGACUCUUCCGCUUCCCCUGCCGGUAUGGCGUACAGCUCUACAGAAAAGCCGCAGAAAUCUUUGACAGACUGCAAAGCGGCUACGUUCCAGGCAGCAAAUGCAAUCUGGUGGUUGAAGACAUUGAAUUCAGCAGUAAUGAAGAGAAGAAGCUCGCAUUUGAGCUGGCAUACGCGGCCAUGAAAUAUGAAGACGUAUUGCGCCAGACCUUGAAUGACGUGGGAUUCGUCGCUAAAUACCCCGAGUUCCAGGACGACCUGAGCCUGGCGGCAGUGAUGCUGUACGACUACCAGGACCGGCGGUUCCAGCGGCGUCGGCCACUCAGCUCCGAACGCCGCCAGCCGCGCCACCGUCGGCUGGAGGAGGCGCUGUUCCAGCUGCGCACCCGGCUCUCGGCGGCGCUGGCCAGGAUCCGGAUCCUGCACGACGCGCCCAGCCUGCGGACCCUGCUGCCGGCCGACCUGCAGCCGCGCGAGACGGCCAAACACCGGCCCCUGCACUGCUGGCUCAACGGCAACAAGGCCAGCUCGCAGGAGGCACUGGACAGCCUGUGGUCAACCUUGAAGGUGCUGCAGCCGGGGUUGUCCAAGACCGACUUCCAUCACGACAAAGACUUCCCAGAUCUGCUAAUUUUCGAACCCGGCUGGAAGGAAACUAUAGAGAAGACGUCCACUUUCAAAACCCGAUGGAUAGUGCUGCAGGAGAAGGCCUGCUGCCUGCCGGCGUACGCGUUGGUGCAGGAGCUGCGCCGGCUGUGGCAGCGCGAGCCCGAGCUGCGCGGGAGCCUGCUGCACUGUCUGCAGCGCUGA